AAUAGUGCCACCCGGCUGCUGUGGCGCACUCGCUCGCGGGCAGACGCUGGCUGCAUGGAGCCGGAGCUGGAGCACGCACUGUGCGCGACCCGGUCUUGGAGCAGCCUUGGGGAGCCUGAGAGUCCAGAGAUGAGCUUUCUAGACCAAGGGGACAGCACCUCGUGGCCACCACCAGCUGUGACCACCAGCUCAAAAAGAAUCCACGGGAAAAGGGGGGUCAAGGCUUCAAGAUGGACAAGGCAGGAGGCUGUGGAGGAAAGAGAGCCACCAGGUUUGGGGGAAGGUGCACAGUCCAGACCAGCUGCUGAGUCCACUGGGCUGGAGGCCACAUUCCCCAAGGCCACACCCUUGGCUCAAGACGUGCCACUACCCAGGGUGGGGGCCUCCUCCACAGAGUGGGACCUCCUCCUGUCCGACUGUGCAGCCUCAGCGGUGGACUCCAGCACAGAUGAUCUGGAGUUGGAUUUUGAGUUUCCAGGCUCGGAGGCCUUGGGCAGUGAGUUCCAAGACCUGGGAGAGGACAACCCUCGGCCAUGCCCAUCCCCACAGGUCCCACUCCUCAGCCUGAGCUGGGACGAUGAGCUGCAGAAGCCCGGGGCCCAGGUCUACAUGCACUUCAUGCAGGAGCACACCUGCUAUGAUGCCAUGGCCACCAGCUCCAAACUGGUCAUCUUUGACACCAUGCUGCAGAUCAAGAAAGCCUUCUUUGCCAUGGUAGCCAAUGGUGUACGGGCAGCCCCUCUGUGGGACAGCAAGAAACAGAGCUUUGUGGGAAUGCUCACCAUCACGGACUUCAUCCUGGUACUACACCGCUACUACAGGUCCCCUCUGGUCCAGAUCUAUGAGAUUGAAGAACAUAAGAUUGAGACCUGGAGGGAGAUUUACCUUCAAGGCUGCUUCAAGCCUCUGGUCUCUAUAUCUCCCAAUGACAGCCUGUUCGAAGCUGUUUACGCCCUCAUUAAGAACCGGAUCCAUCGCCUGCCGGUGCUGGACCCGGUCUCAGGCGCCGUGUUGUACAUCCUCACGCACAAGCGGCUGCUCAAGUUCCUGCACAUCUUUGGUGCCCUCUUGCCCCGGCCCUCCUUCCUCUGUCGCACUAUCCAAGACUUGGGCAUUGGCACAUUCCGAGAUUUGGCUGUGGUUCUGGAAACAGCCCCCAUCCUGACGGCGCUGGACAUCUUUGUGGACCGGCGUGUCUCUGCGCUGCCUGUGAUCAAUGAAUCGGGUCAAGUUGUGGGCCUCUACUCCCGCUUUGAUGUGAUUCACCUGGCUGCCCAGAAAACCUACAACCACCUAGACAUGAGCGUGGGCGAAGCUCUGAGGCAGAGGACACUGUGUCUUGAGGGAGUCCUCUCCUGCCAGCCUCACGAGAGCUUGGGAGAAGUCAUUGACAGGAUUGCACGGGAACAGGUACACAGGCUGGUGCUUGUGGAUGAGACCCAGCAUCUUCUGGGUGUGGUCUCCCUUUCGGACAUCCUCCAAGCACUGGUUCUCAGCCCUGCCGGCAUCGAUGCUCUCGGUGCCUGAGAGGAAUGCAGUCUUCACUCCCAGAACACCUUCCAUACCCAGAAAGCAACGAAAAGAGCUCACAGGGGGGGACUCAGCCUUCAUUUUCCCCCAUUCCUGUUUGCUGGUUUGGCUCAUGUACAGGCUCUCUAGCCACCCCCCCUCCCUGCAACUGUCCUUGCCCUGCCUGUACACCUCAAAGCCCUCAGGCAUGCCCACUGCACCAGGAUGAUGAAAUUCAAGCCCAAAGGUCCCUGAACCAGAGGCCCUGCAACUGCUCCAGGAUCAUGUGCACCCGGGGCCCACACAUAUACCUUUGCCUACACCCUGAUCAGGGCUUGCCCCAGCGGAGCGGUGAGCACACAGCCCAUGGGUCCACUCAGGGCUCUGGAUCGCGUGGCUUCUGGGCCAUGCACACUCCUGCCCAUAGCCCAUGGGAGUCCCGGCUGUUCUUUCUCCAUGGGAACCACCAAUCUGCUCUUCUACUUUCCUGGCAUUGGCAUUUCAGGCAUCAACCAUGGAGCAGUGCCUAAUUCUCAUGCCUGUUGGAGCAGAGUGCUCUCUCUCCACCAUUGUCCAGGAACAUCCUGAGUUCUCAUCAGUGCAGGGUGUUCUCAGUCUCCUGUGACAGAUGGCCUGGUAUUCAGUUCCCUGAGCAUGGGCAAUCAAGGAAAGAAAAACAAGCCAGGCGUGGUGGCACACGCCUUUAAUCCCAGCCCACGGGAGGCAGAGGUAGGAGGAUCGCCAGGAGUUCCAGACCAGCCUGAGACUACACAGUGAAUUCCAGGUCAGCCUGAGCUAGAGACCCACCUCAAGAAAACAAAACAAAAAGCAAUCCAUGAAAUUGGAUUUUAUAGGCUUCACUCACACGCUACAGCUGUUGAACCUGAACCUAAACUUGUGCUUUCUGACUGACUUCAGAGAUGCAGAGGAAAGUCUGCAAGUGACGAAACUACAAAAGUGGCAUUAGUU